GUGCUUCUUCAUUGAUUGAAUUUCCAGUCUUUUAUGACUUGUGUCGUCGUCAUCAACUCCGCUUCUUUCCCUCAAUUGGCCCCAUCAAUCUCAUCUCCCUCCUUCAUACCAGAUCUACAGCCUCAGAUACUUUGUCUCGGACACCGAUGCCUCCAUCGAAUAGGAAACCGGGGGCUCAACUACCCAGCCCUCGCCGCAUUUCCAAUAGUCUCUCUGGCCAAAUCAUGUGGCUUCCACAGAGGCAUCGCAUACCAGCCGACAUCGACCCCAAUGUAGAAGAAGGCGCAUACAAUCACCCAGUUAUAAUCAUGUCCAGGGUCCCCUCCUCCGAGGGAACUGUCGAGAUAUUCAUGAUCACCUCAAUGGGCGCACGCGGCAACGCGCAAGCCCAUACCCCAGAUUGGAAUCACUGGCUGAAAUACGUACCCAUCAAACCCGCAACGCACCCAACUAUGCCCGACACACAGCUCUGCUUCCCGAAUAACUGUCCGCCGCUGGCGAAAAACUCGUACGUGAACAUCCGACAGUGUUAUUUUGUUCAUCUCGAGGCGUUGCGUCCGUAUCGUCAGAGCGGUGGGGAUCCUGUUCUUGGGAGGGCUUCGCUUAGGAGUUUAAAGGAGGUUUCUGCGUUUAUUGAUUUGUAUGAUCCAAAUACCUCGAAGAAGCUGAAGGAGGCCAGGAGGAAUGAUAUGGUUGGUUCUCUACCGGAGGUUGAGGGCUUGGUUGUUGGUGACAAGAAUGCUGUGCAGACUGUUAGACACAUCAGUCUGGUCGGUCUGCUUCUGCUUGUGCUUUUCGCAGUGGCUUAUCUCUAUCUGCGUGUCGCGGAAAACCCGCCAUAACAGGUUAAGCUGAGAGGAGUCUGUGUGUAGGCGUCUACAGUCACACAAUGGUGGCUAUGAGCUGGACCAUCCCCCCUCGUGGGCCACAAGUAUAUCUCCUUUG